AUGGAUUUCAUCACUCUGUUUUUUCUUUUCUCUGCAUUUUUCACUGCUUCAGCUCAACAUAUUCAGUCUAAUGUAAGCCGAAGCUCUUCUCUGACACCCACCACAAACUCUACGUGGUUGUCACGUUCUGGUCUCUAUGCCUUUGGAUUUUACAAGCAGGGCAAUGCCUACGCUGUCGGGAUUUUUAUGGCCGGAAUUCCUGAGAAGACGGUUGUCUGGACUGCAAACCGUGAUGACCCACCUGUCUCCGGCAAUGUUACCUUGCUUUUUGCAACCGACGGCAGGCUUGUCCUUCAAUUGGCAAAAGAGCAGGUAGCCGUCGUAGCUGCUUCUUUCGGGUCUGCUUCGGCUUCCAUGCUUAAUUCAGGCAAUUUCGUGAUCUAUAAUUCGGAUCAAGAAAUAAUAUGGGAGAGUUUUGAGCACGCGACCGAUACCCUUUUACCCGGUCAACGUCUCUUAGCAGGUCAAGAGCUGAUUUCUAGUAUGUCAGAAACUCAACAUUCAUCAGGUAUCUUCCGUCUGAAGAUGCAAAAUGAUGGAAACCUUGUUCAAUACCCGGUGGGUACCCCAGACACAGCUCCAUUUUCUUUCUAUACAUCGUGGACAGGUGGCAGUGGAGAUAACGUGACGCUAAACUUUGAUGCUGAUGCCCAUCUCUAUUUGCUAAACACUACUAGUUUCAAUAUUGGGAAUCUAACGGAUGGAGGAUAUCCUACAGAAGAUACUAUUUAUCUCAUGAGACUUGAUGCUGAUGGGAUUUUCCGGAUAUACUCGCAUCAUCUGAAACAGAAGGGAGACUGGUCAAAGGAAUGGUCAUCUUCGAAUGAUGUGUGCAAUUCUAAGGGUCUAUGCGGAUUAAAUGGUUUUUGUGUUUUAAAUGAUCAAAAGGCUGAAUGUGUAUGUCUUCCGGGAUUCGAAAAGGUACAACAGGGGAACUGGACUGCUGGCUGCGAGAAGAGUUUCACUGUAGAAGGUUGCAAAAACAAAAAUGGAGAUAUUACAUACAACAUGGAAGAAGUGGCUAACACCGUAUGGGAAGAUAUUUCAUAUUCUGUUGUGUUAGUACCAUCCAAAGAUUCUUGCGCACAAGCCUGUUUAGACGACUGUAACUGUGAAGCUGCGCUAUUCAAAGACAGGACCUGCCGAAAACAGAGGCUUCCACUAAGAUAUGGGAGAAGGCAACUGAGUGAUUCAUACACCGCUCUCAUCAAGGUAAGUACGUCUACACCCACUACUCCAAAUGGAAAUAUGCCGAAAGAAAACAAGAAAGAGCUUCGAGUGGACAUCCUAAUUAUUGGUGUUUCAUUUGUUGCUUUUGGAUGCUUGUUGUUGGUAAUUUCCGGAUUUGUGUUCUAUAAAAAUCAUUUUUGGUAUGGAAAACUCUCUUGUGAUGGAAAUGUUGAACUCAGUGACGAUUUUGCUCCACGAUCGUUCACUUAUUCAGAACUUGAGAAAGUGACAGAUGGUUUUAAAGAAGAGGUCGGUAGAGGAUCAUUUGGGGCAGUUUUUAAAGGGACAAUGUCAAAUGGCCAGAAGGUUGUCGCUGUUAAAAGACUAGAGAAAGUGUUGGCCGAAGGGGAAAGAGAGUUUCAGACUGAGAUGAAAGUUAUUGGGAAAACGCAUCACAGAAACCUUAUCCCUCUGCUCGGGUAUUGUCAUGACGGAAUUCAUAGGCUCUUGGUUUAUGAGUACAUGAGCAACGGGUCACUUGCAGAUGUACUUUUCACACCAGAAAAACAACCUUGUUGGGAUGAAAGAAUGAGAAUUGCUCGCAAUGUAGCAAGAGGAAUUCUUUAUCUCCAUGAAGAGUGUGAGCAACAGGUCAUUCAUUGUGAUAUAAAACCUCAGAACAUUCUUAUGGAUGAAUACGGGUGUGCAAAAAUUUCUGACUUUGGAUUGGCAAAGCUGUUGAAGCAAGACCAAACAAAUACCUUUACUGGCAUCAGAGGAACAAGGGGGUAUGUUGCACCCGAGUGGCAUCGAAAACUGCCCAUCACAGCAAAAGCAGAUGUUUAUAGUUAUGGAAUUGUGCUCUUGGAGAUCAUAUGUUGUCGAAAGAGUGUGGAUUGGAAUUUACCUGAGGAAGAAGCUAUUCUUGAAGAAUGGGCCUACCAUUGUUUUAAAGCCGGCGACCUAGCUAAAUUAAUUGGAGAUGAAGAUGCUGACAAGAAGCAAGUGGAGAGAAUGGUUAAAUUAGGAAUUUGGUGCAUUCAGAAUGAGCCAUCACUUCGGCCCUCAAUGAAGAAGGUUCUACUUAUGUUAGAAGGGACGGUUGAUAUUCCAAUUCCUCCUAGCCCCGAUUGUUUUCUAAGUACGAUAUAGACUCUCAAGUGAUUGAGCCUCGUAAUUUGUAUAACAAAGUUAUGAAGUUUCUGUAAGCU